UGCACUAACGCCAUCAACCCUUGGACGUUUUCCUUGUUUGCUUUUAGACAGUAAAUAAGAUUCGUUAAUUCCCUGCAUGGGAGGCUUUAAUACACGGACUAUGGACAUCGAACAUGAUCGAGGGCUGGCCGCUGUCUUGCAAUAUUUGAUACGCAGCGGACAACUACACAUCAUAUCCUCGGAUCAUGAUGACUCGGACGAAGAAUACAUCGCGAAUUCGCAACCUCCAAGAUAUACAUCUUCCUAUUUACAUCUACAUCCAAAUACGUCCAGACUAAAUAAAAGUGAAAUAAGUCUAGCCACGAAGCAGGCUUGCGGAUAUAUAAAGAAUGCCGAUAAACGCAAUAUGUCUGUCACGUCGAUGAUUCAAAGAAGAGCCAUUGGUCCUGGUUUUAGUACAGGCGAAAGAUGCAGAAUAAGUAGUAGUUUUUUGCCAAAUAAAAUGCAUCAGGUUGCGCAGUACAAUAACAAAGCGUUUUGUGGCUCCUAUUCUAAAGAUGGAAGAUUUUUCUUGACUGCCAGUCAAGAUAAAUUUCUACGCCUAUACCGGACAGACGGCGGUGACUUUGUAGAGUUCAAAACAAUUCCUGCGCGUGACGUAGGUUGGAGUAUUCUAGAUACUGCUUUUAGUCCUGAUGGCAACUAUAUUGUAUAUUCCAGCUGGUCAGAGUGUUUAUAUCUGUGUCCUGUUUAUGGCGAUUCCAGUGCACAAGAAUCAUUAUCCCUCUGUCCAGAGGAUCGAAGGUUUUGCGUGUUUUCACUUGUGUUUUCUAGUGACGGCCGAGAAAUUCUCGGUGGGGCGAACGAUGGUUACAUCUACGUCUACGACCGAGAAUGCCAUCAACGUGCUUUCAGGAUCGAAGGUCACGAUAAUGAUGUAAAUACAGUUGUUUUCGCCGAUAAUACAUCGCAAAUUCUAUACAGUGCUGGAGACGAUGGUCUUUGCAAGGUCUGGGACAGGAGAACGUUGAACGAAACCGGUCCGCGUCCGGUGGGAGUAUUGGCUGGUCACAUGGAUGGUAUAACGUAUAUCGAUCCACGCGGUGACGGUCGAUAUCUCAUCACGAACAGCAAAGAUCAAACUAUCAAACUGUGGGACGUACGUGCUUUUUCGGAUAAUAAUGGUGAAUUGAAUACACGCAUGGCUGUCGCGAAUCAAAACUGGGAUUACCGAUGGCAGCGAGUACCAAAGCGAAUACAUAAAGCGAAACAUAUGUUGGAAGGUGACACAAGCAUUAUGACCUAUCGCGGCCACUCGGUUCUUCAGACUUUGAUACGUUGCCAUUUUUCACCUUCCUCGAUCACCGGUCAAAGAUACAUAUAUACGGGUUGUGCCGCAGGACGAGUGAUAAUAUACGACGUUUUAACGGGUAGGAUAGUCAGUACUUUAAUGGGACAUCAUGGAUGCGUUCGUGAUGUCAGUUGGCAUCCGUUUCAUCAAGAAAUUGUUUCUACUGCUUGGGACGGCGCGAUUGUCAGUUGGCGAUACGCCGGAAAGACCGCGCUCGAUAAUUCCGACUCUGAGGAAGAAAGUGACAACGACUCACCACCCCAAAAGUUAAGACGAAGUCAACGAAUAGCCGCUCAAAGGGCGAAACAUGCGGCAGCGUGUUGAGGCUCGUAGUUGUACGCCGGGUAACUGGAUGUUCUCGGGAUUUUCAGUCUUUUCGUUCCUACGAAGAGGAAGGAGUUAGUGCUCGGGAAUUUUUGUCGGCAGGAUAUUUUUGUAUCGAUGACUGUUACUUCAUCGACGUUCAGAGGAGACUAACUUUCUUCUACAAGACUGAGUUAUUGCUGAAUGUUACCGCGGGGCUACCGCGGAAACAACUGUCGUGAUAUUUUUCGGCCGUCGCGAGGAUGCGUGUUAUCGGAACAAAACUUAAAAAUCGUUGAAAAUGAGACGAGGAUAUAAUCCAGACCAGAAGACACGUUUUCGCCGAACCGAACUUCCUCUUUCCCAACUAUCGAACAUUGUUUUUUUCUCUCUCGGUCUUCGUCCACCCUCCCUCCCAUUCUCAUCCCUCCUCUCUUUCUUUCCUUUUUAUAGGGUUGACACAUUCAUUUCAAUGUAAUAACUACAGCCUAGUUACUAAACUAUCGAGAAGUAAUUUUUCUGCCACAGAGAAAAUGGUUCAUCCAUUCCUCUCUUUUCUCGACAUUUGGACGAAUCGAAAUGAGCUCCUGGUACCAAUAGUAAAUAUAUUAUUUUAAUUGUCAGAACUUUAUAAUCCCGUUUCUGAUUCGAACGAAAACGUUGAUUUCAUAGGACAGAGUAUUGAUUCAGCAUUACAAGACGUUCAUCGAACAGUUACAUGUAAACAUGUAAACAACACACGAUAGUAGGGACGAAAGUAGAGGACAGAUCGGGAGAGAGAGAGAUAUUCAUGGUUUUUACAGUGUAGCUAUGUUUCAAGCAGAUUAGAAAUAAAACUGAUCGUAUGUCAAUUUACACAGUGCGUGGUCUGUAAGGUACAUUUAAGCUUUGCGUACCAAUUCCCAAAAAAAAUUAUAUAUAUAUAUACACACACACACACACAGACACAUAUACAUAGACACCCUGAGAGAAAUACAUACUCUCACUCGUCACACAUGCCACACACAUA